GCGGCGCUCGGGCCGGGACGCGCGGGCCGGGCAUGGCGUCGAUGGCGGCGGCGAUCGCGGCCUCGCGCUCGGCCGUCAUGAGCGGGAACCGGCCGCUGGACGACCGGGAGCGGAAGCGCUUCACCUACUUCUCGUCGCUGAGCCCCAUGGCUAGGAAGAUCAUGCAGGACAAGGAGAAGAUCCGGGAGAAGUAUGGGCCCGAGUGGGCGCGGCUGCCGCCCGCGCAGCAGGACGAAAUCAUCGACCGCUGCCUGGUGGGGCCUCGCGCCCCGCGGGCCGCGGACGCGGGGGACGUGGGGGACCCCGCGCGCUUCCCUGGCCUGCGCGGGCCCACGGGCCAGAAGCUGGUGCGCUUCGGCGACGAGGACAUAACUUGGCAAGAUGAGCACUCGGCCCCAUUCUCCUGGGAAACAAGGAGUCAGAUGGAGUUCAGCAUCUCAUCCUUAUCCAUCCAGGAGCCCGGCACAGCCACCAUGACCAGUGAUCCCAGGCCCCUGGCCAAGGCUUCUCAGGGCACACAGGCUGCCAAGCCUGCCCAAAGCAGCCGAUCCUCUAGCCUUGAUGCCCUGGGACCUUCGAGGAAAGAGGAGGAAGCAUCCUUCUGGAAGAUUAACGCUGAGCGCUCCCGGGAGGGGCCUGAGGCCGAGUUCCAGUCGCUGACACCCAGCCAGAUCAAGUCCAUGGAGAAGGGAGAAAAAGUCAUGCCCGCUUGCUAUCGCCAGGAGCCCACCACAAAAGACAGGGAGGUCAAGGCUAUGCCCCAAGAACAGCAAGCCCUCUCCAGUGUAAGCACAGAGCAGGAGGCACCCCAGCCUGUGCAAGCCCCUGCCAGAUUGCUGCCCAAGGCCACCCCGAUUAAGUCCCCAGAGAAGCCACCACCUCCCGCUGCCCAGCAGGAUGAAGACGACGAUGAUGCUCUGUUCUCAGAGCCUGUAGUUGCGCAGAUCAGCUCAAGUAACACCCUCUUGAAGACGGGCUUUGAUUUUCUGGACAACUGGUAAACGGUGCUACCUGGAAACACAGCCAAGAGCCCCAGCGUGGCCCACGUGGUGUUCAGAGGAGAAGGCAUCUCUGCCUGUGUAUUUUCCCGUUUUCUCUGCUCUUUUCUUAGUCUUUGGGGAAACUAGGAAAUGUUGCCAGGUUUUCCUUUUUUUU